CGAAAAUAAUGUGGAACGUUAACGUACCCUCAUAUAUAUAAAUAGUUGAACAAUACAAAGACCUCUUAUCUCUAGAGCAGACUCCAUCACCAGUACUCCUCAAAGAGCAAGCGUUCAUACAAGGGAGCUCAAUUCGUAUGCCUUCCAAGUUUCUGCUUAUAUUUUCCUGAGAAGUUACAACGUGUGGUGCUUGUACUGCUGAAACCACUCCAUUUGUCUCUGUCCUUCCCCUGACUACUAUUUCAAUACCUCUGAUCCUCAAAACCCACUAAUCCCAGUUCCCAAUACGGAAAAGAAAAACCCAAAAUCCAAAAUCAACCAUGGAGAAUGGAACCGAUGUGAACCAUCAAGGAGGAGGAGGACUAGUGGACACAACUGCUGCAACAAUCACCAUUAAAGGCAUUCUGAGCAUGCUAUUGCAAAAUGUUGAUGAAGGUGAGAGCAAGAAGAGGCUGAUUUCAUUGGGUAUGGGAGACCCAACUGCCUUUUCUUGCUUCCACACAACCCAUAUUGCUCAAGAAACUGUGGUUGAUGCUAUCCAAUCAGACAAGUUCAAUGGCUAUGCUCCCACUGUGGGUCUUCCGCAAACCAGAAGAGCAAUUGCUGAAUAUUUGUCCCGGGAUCUUCCAUACAAUCUAACAACAGAUGAUGUUUUUGUCACAUCUGGUUGCACACAAGCAAUUGAUGUCGCAUUGGCAAUGCUUGCUCGCCCUGGUGCAAAUAUCUUGCUUCCAAGGCCAGGCUUCCCUAUUUAUGAACUUUGUUCUGCAUUUAGAAAUCUUGAGGUUCGACAUUUAGAUCUCUUGCAAGACAGUGGCUGGGAGGUUAAUCUCGAUGCUGUUGAAGCUCUUGCCGAUCAGAACACAGUUGCAAUGGUAAUUAUAAACCCUGGAAAUCCUUGUGGGAAUGUGUACAGUCACCAACAUUUGGAGAAGAUUGCAGAAACUGCAAAGAAACUGAGAAUUCUUGUAAUUGCUGAUGAAGUUUAUGGACACCUUGCCUUUGGGGAUAAACCGUUUGUGCCAAUGGGAGUGUUUGGAUCAACUGUUCCUGUUCUUACUCUUGGGUCUCUAUCAAAGAGAUGGAUAGUUCCUGGAUGGCGGCUUGGUUGGUUUGUGACAACUGAUCCCUGUGGCAUGUUUAGAAAACCCAAGGUUAUUGAGCGCAUUAAGAAAUAUUUUGAUAUUUUGGGCGGUCCUGCAACCUUCAUUCAGGCAGCAGUUCCGAGCAUCCUUGAGAAAACUGAAGAUGUCUUCUUCAAGAAAACUAUCUAUUUAUUGAAGCAGUCAUCAGAUAUUUGUUCUGAUAAGAUAAAGGACAUCCCUUGUCUUACCUGUCCAAACAAACCAGAGGGUUCUAUGGCUGUAAUGGUGAAACUAGACCUUUCACUACUGGAAGAUAUUAGUGAUGAUAUAGAUUUUUGUUUCAAGCUGGCCAAAGAGGAAUCUGUUAUCUUUCUUCCAGGAACAGCAGUAGGGCUGAAAAACUGGAUACGCGUUACAUUUGCUGCUGAUCCACCUUCUCUUGAAGAAGCUUUUAGGAGGACGAAAUGUUUCUAUCAAAGGCAUGCAGGAAAAUUAUAGAUAGAUAUAUGCGUAUAUAUAUGCCAGUUACAAAGAAAUAUCCAAUAUAUUUUGUUAACGAACAUCAAUCUCCUCCAUUGAUUAAGUUUGUCUACAGCUAGUUUACCGUUUUCCUAGGAUUAUGCUUCGGUUUUGAUACUGUUGUUAAUGUAAUAUUGUUGAUUCAUGUAACUGUCAAUACUCACAUCUAUAUAAUGCAUAGAAUGUAAUAGCUUAAAGUAAUCAAGGGAAAUCAAUUUCUACA